AUGUUAUUUCCUGCAGUUUGAAUCUAAGAUAAUAUUAAAUAUAAUAUAUAAUAUAACCUACCCCAACCUGAAAGAUUAUUAAUGCUUGUUGUUGUGGAGGCAACAUGUUACUGGGAAAGACUUAACGAGCUGCAGGUUUUAACAUCAUCAUUAAUGUCAUCAGACAAACAAACAAACAACAAUAGAUCCAAACUAAUCUGAUCCCUGCAGAAUUAAUCUCCUUAAAGAGUUCAGUCCAAACACAAACUGAUCCUGUGUCAGUUUCUUUGUUUUCAUUUCAAUAAUUCAAACUUUAUUUUUCCCCAAGAGAAAUUCAUUUAAAUCUUUAGUAUUAAAUCAUAAUUCAUAUUUCAUAAUAUAUUUAUAUUCUGUUUGAGCCUGACAGAAACAACACCACUCAAGGUCCACUUCCAGGCCUGUUCUGGAGCUUUCGACCGUACCCACACAGACCUCGUCAGCUGAUGAAUAAGUGAGUAAGUGGACCUUUAGUCAAGAGUGUUUCCGAGAAUGAACAUGUGACAGGAUGUUUACAGUUACAUGAAGACAGGGCGAACGCCAUCUGCUGAUGAAGACCAUGUGGUCCCCAGGAAAGCUCUGGAACAAGUGUAGGAUCAACAUGGCCGCUCACCGCAGCAGGGGGGCCGGGUUCUUCAGGACCCUCCUGAGCCGCUGCAGGACACCGGGACCGGGACUAUGUCAACAACAGCACCGGUGCUGUCUGUCCUCCGUGCCCGCUCCUCCUACACCUCCACCGGGCACCUGGAGCCACCAGCUUUCCCGUCUGUCCCACCGGGAUCUGUACCGGCUCUCGCUCACGGAUCCGGAUCGGUUCUGGGGAUCCGCCGCCGCGGACAGACUCCGCUGGGUGAAGCCGUUUGAGCGGGUCCGGGACUGCGAGCUGAGCAGCGGGAAGAUCAGCUGGUUUCUGGGAGGGAAGCUCAAUGUGUCCGUGAACUGUCUGGACGUCCAUGUUGAGAAACAUCCAGAACGAGUGGCUCUGAUCUGGGAGAGAGAUGAACCCGGCACAGAGGUGAAGGUCACGUACAGGGAGCUGCUGGAGACGACCUGCCGCCUCGCCAACACCCUGAAGAGCCAUGGGAUCCAGAAGGGGGACAGGGUGGCCAUCUACAUGCCGGUCUCACCGCUGGCGGUGGCGGCCAUGUUGGCGUGCGCUCGUAUCGGCGCGGUGCACACGGUGGUGUUCGCUGGCUUCAGCUCGGAGGCUCUGGCCGGGAGGAUCCAGGACGCUCAGUGUAAAGCCGUGCUCACCUGUAAUCAAGGUGUGCGGGGGGGCCGGCUCGUCCACCUGAAGGCCACAGUGGACGCUGCAGUGAAGACCUGUCCCUCCGUCCAACACGUCUUCGUCUCUCAGAGGACGGAGCAGCCUGCAGUGAUGGGAGAGAGGGACGUCUCCCUGGAGGAGGUGAUGUCCCAUCAUGCAUCAGUGUGUCCUCCAGAGCCUCUGGACAGUGAGGACUUCCUGUUUCUUCUCUACACGUCAGGAAGUACAGGGAAACCUAAAGGCAUCGUCCACACACAGGCUGGAUACCUGCUGUACACCUCACUGACCCACCAGUACGUGUUUGAUUACCGAGACGGCGACGUGUUCGGCUGCAUGGCGGACGUCGGCUGGAUAACGGGCCACAGUUACGUGGUGUACGGUCCUCUGUGUAACGGCGCCACCACCGUCCUGUUUGAGAGCACACCUGUCUACCCAGACCCAGGCAGGUACUGGGAGACGGUGGAGCGUUUGAGGAUCACUCAGUUCUACGGAGCUCCCACCGCUCUGCGUCUGCUGCUGAAGUACGACGAGAGCUGGGUGAAGAAGUACGACCGCUCGUCUCUGAGGACGCUGGGAUCAGUGGGAGAGCCCAUUAACCAUGAGGCCUGGCACUGGUUCCACAGUGUGGUUGGAGAUGGACGGUGUCCUCUGGUGGACACCUGGUGGCAGACAGAGACGGGAGGAGUCUGCAUCGCCCCUCGUCCUGCAGAGGAAGGAGCGCCCAUCGUCCCCGCCAUGGCCAUGAGGCCGUUCUUUGGCAUCCAGCCUGUUCUCAUGGGGGAGGAGGGUGAAGCUCUGUCCGGUGACUCCGUCAGUGGAGCUCUGUGUAUCAGUCAGCCGUGGCCUGGAAUGGCUCGAAGUAUCUACGGAGACCACCAGAGAUUCAUCGAUGCUUAUUUCAAACCGUUUCCUGGCCAUUAUUUCACCGGUGAUGGAGCGUACCGCUCAGAGGACGGUUACUACCAGAUAACUGGUCGCAUGGAUGAUGUCAUAAACGUCAGCGGUCACCGUCUGGGUACAGCAGAGAUAGAGGACGCUCUGGAUGAACAUCCAGCUGUUCCAGAAACAGCUGUGAUCGGAAUCCCACAUGACAUCAAAGGAGAAGUACCGUUUGCCUUCGUGGUUUUGAAGGAGGACGUUGGUGACGCCCCGCCCGUCAUCCUGCAGCAGCUCAGAGAUCUCGUCACGACCAAGAUCGCCAAGUACGCCGUCCCUGAACACUUCCUGGUGGUGAAGCGGUUACCGAAGACUCGCUCCGGUAAAAUCAUGAGGCGCAUCUUGAGGAAGGUCGUCAUGGAGACAACCGGUGACCUUGGCGAUGUGUCGACCCUGGACGACCCGUCUGUUGUCAAGGAGAUCAUCGAGGCCCACGAGCUGUACAGGAAGGAGAAGAAGAAGUAGGAGGGAGGGGGUGGGUGGGGACUGAGCGGCUUCUCAGGUACAGAUGACAUCAUCGUUCCUCAGGUGUGACCUGGAGAUGCUCAGUCUUUUGGUGCUAAGGAGCAGGUGUGUGUGUGUGUGUGUGGGGGGGGGGGGACUAUGAGAGGGUUUUGAAUAAUUUUAUGAGAAGGCAUCAAUCAGGCCUGCCGGUGUUUAGGUUUCCAGAUGGUUUUAGCAGAGAGAACACCUGAACCACAUGACAACAGGUGAAUCACCUGGUGAGGAGUGAGACAGGUCAGUUGCUCCUGUGUUCAGUCUCCUGCUCUGUCGUCAGACACUGACCCAGGAGACAGACAUGCAAACAACACGUCUGAUCACGUCAGCCUUAAAACCUCUGAAUAUCAACAUCAAAUCACCUUUCAAGUGUCUGAUUUACUGUCGUUAGUCUUUUAUGUAUUUUCCUCCUCAGAGAUUAUUUUCAUUGAGCGCUAAACAACAAUCUGUGCCUUGUGACAGAAAAGGAAAUCUGUUUUAUUUCUGAUUCUUUUUUAUCUUCUUCUCAGGAUCUUCAGAUGAAUCUGGAAUUUAAAAGUUAAAAUGAGAAAAUAAACUGAGGUCAGAACAUGUUUCAGACCAAAACAAAGAUAUUAAACAGUCAAAUGUUAGAGUCGUAGCUGCAGGGCGUCCGUCACAGCAGCUUCAUCAGACCCACAGUAAAACUCACCUCACCCACAGUUCAAUAUAUUUUAAUAUAUGAUGAAACAUGAAUAUGAUCCUCCUCAGAUGAUUUUUAAUGAACAGUGAAAUUAGAUUUUAUAGAUUUUUAGUUUGAAGCUCACACAGUAAGAUUACAAUGUAUGUUAAUAAAUGCAUUUGUUGAUUAGUCAUUUAAUUAACUGUUGAUCAGAUCACUCUGUAUCACUGAUGUAAAUGUACAGAAAUAAACAUUUUGUAAUAAACAUGAACUCAGC